GCAAAUAAACUUGACAACUGGAAAAUGAAUUUUCUUCGCGACUAUUUUAUUUUUCUACUGCUCUGCAUUGAGAAAUAUGGAUUAUGUCAGAGCAAUAAUGGUGGAAUGUAUUCAUCUAGUGAUAUUCCCACACCGGCACCCAAAUUUAUAACAAAAGGACACUUAUAUAAGGCUGUUAUUGGUGAUACAAUCAUUUUACCAUGCAAAGUAAAGGAUUUAGGCGCAUAUAUACUAUUAUGGCGUAGGGGCACGUCUGUUCUUACAGCUGCAAAUCUAAUGGUGACAAGAGAUACACGAUUUAAAUUAGUUGAUGGCUACAAUCUUCAAAUUGCAAAUAUGAGAAUUCAAGACGCAGGCGACUACGUCUGUCAAAUAGGUGAUAGUGAAGAAGCAAGAGAUCAAGUCCAUACCGUUGAAAUAUUAGUACCGCCUUCAGUACGUCCAGUUCCACAGAAUGGACAAAUAACUGCACGCAAAGGCAGUUCUGUAACAUUAGAAUGUAAAGCAAGCGGCAAUCCCGUCCCAAAUAUUUAUUUUUAUAAAAAGAAUUCACAUUCACAAUAUCAUCUAAGUGAAGGUUCAACAUUAACACUUGAACGAGUCGAUCGAAAUCAUGCUGGUAUAUAUCAAUGCAUGGCUGAUAAUUCAGUACGGGAGCCAGCUUAUUCGGAUAUUGAACUAACAGUUUUGUCACCACCAGAAAUAAUUGCAGAAAAAACUUGGAUACACGCAGCAGAAGGAUGUGAUAUUCAAUUAGUGUGUACACUACAUGGUGAUAUCAAUUCAGAGAUGAUGUGGUAUUUAAAUUCAUUUCUACUUGAUCCGACUGAUAGAAGGUCUAUGUACUCGAAAGGAGAUAAAUACAUUUUGAACAUCACGAGCUUUCAGCAGAGUGAUUUUGGUAACUAUAGUUGUGUUGCCGAUAAUUCAUUGGGACGCACGAAAAAAUAUAUUGAAGUGUCAGGACGACCUGGACCAGCUGAAUUUCUAUCGCCAACAUAUAGUGGCCAUUUAGAUCGUUAUAAUCUUACAUUUAAGAUUGAAUCAAUUCCCGUCCUUGAGGAAAUCAAACUUCUCUAUCGAAAAUUAAUGAUGAAUGAGACAUAUCAACAUCCUGGUAAAUGGCAUGAUCAGAUUCUACAUCCAUCGGUACAGCGAUUUGAUUCAAAAACGUUCAUCAUGUCAUAUAUCAUAAUUGCAUUAGAACAUAAUUCCGUUUAUGAAGUAAUGGUGCAAGCAAAAAAUGUAUACGGUUGGAAUGAGGUGAGCGACAUACACCAAUUUUACACGAGAAGUUAUGAAAUCAGUAUGGAGGAUCUGGAAUAUGUAAUGAGCUCUAUAUCGUUAGGAACGAGAACAGCAUCAUAUGGCGAUAAAUUUUUGAUUAUACUAAACGUUUUCGUGGUAGUAUGCCUCAUGAUGAAGAGGUGACCGUAUUCAUCACGAUAAUCAGUAAAUUUACCAUUCAAAACUUCUCAUGAAGGAUGAGAAGUUUUUAGUUUUCAUCUAAUAUGAAUGAGAAACGUUUACGUAAAGGGAAGAAAAGAGAUGAAAGUAAAUCGGAUAGAAAUGAAAACAUUUAUAGAAUAAAACUGUAGAUGAUAAGAUGAAAAUUUCCCUUCUUUGACUGAAUAAUAGCAGCAAUGGAAACGGAUAAUUAUAUUGAAAAGAGAA